CUUUGCGCCCCUCUACCGCCGGUCUGCUCACAGAAACAAGAAGGUUGAAUAUAACAGCGUUGCGGCUAGAAGCAAGAAGAAACCAGACUGUAAUCAUGUUGGGACAAGCUGUGAGACGAUUCACAACGUCUGCUGUUCGUUCUUCACACUAUGGUGAAGGACCAGGGAAUAACCUGCCAUUUUCCGUGCAGAACAAGUGGCGUCUGCUCGCCGGGAUGGUGCUGUUCUUCGGCAGUGGCUUUGCAUUCCCCUUCGUCGUCGUCAGACAUCACAUCCUGAAGAAGUAAAAUGGACAUGUGCUAUUACUCAGCCUUUAAGGUUGUCAGCUGGAACAUAUUUAUCCAUCAGAGUGUUAUCCACGCUGAAGAAUGGGAAUCUCAUAAUUUUCUUUGUAAAUAAAGUUUGCUCCAAUACAACAAAA